GGCAGCUCCUCUGUAUUGCCGAGAGAGCGCCGCGUUUCUCCCUCUGCCGAAUUCUGCAAAAAAAAAUUCCCAUGGACGAUUUGCAACUUGUGAAUGAAGCUGGUAAAGCGAUGGACCGAUCUGAGAUUUCUGGAGAGACAUCCGGAAUGGAGGACGGUCCAAGAACGGAGGGCUGCUCCGUUCAAGAGGGAAGGCCCUGCGAUAAAACGGGGGAUCUCGAACUCGGAAAUCCAGAAAAGGAGACUUCAGCAUCUUUGCAUCCUGUGGCUGUGACAGUGUUGCCCCCGGCGCCUCUCCAGUUCCGACUCUCCGUCAGUGACAUGACCUGCCUCAUCUGUUUCCACCCAUUCAGCCUCGACCGGCUGCCCAAACUCCUGGCUUGCCAGCAUGCCUUCUGCACGGCGUGCCUAAAGAUGAUCUUGCGGCAAGACGAUCGCACCUGGAUCAUCAGCUGUCCCUUAUGCCGAAAAUCCACGGUGGUGUUCGGGGGUCUCAUCUGUAGCCUCCCGAACCUACAGCAGGUCGUGGAGCAGUUGGGGCCCCCGGAUCCAGAUGCAGGGAUCGCUGGCACUCCGGGCACUGCCGGGGUGCAGCAUCCUUCCCCUGAAAUGCAAUCUUGGGACUCGGGCGAGAUCAACGAGGCCGCUCUCAAGAGACUCUUCCUACUGCUUCUGCUGGUUUCUAUGCUGAUUGUCUUCGUCCUCCCGUUCACCAACGCCGGAUUGCUGACGUGGUUCCUCAGCUUCAUGGUGGUUUUGGGCGGCAUAGUCUGCGCUGUGCUUUGCUGGGACUCCAGUUGGAGCUGCCCAAGUUUUCCGUUGCCCCUCUGGACAAAGAAGGUCAAUCAAGGGGCCUGAGAAUGACCUUCUUUGGCUUCUUCUAGGAAGGGCUCACGAGCCUCUUGGGAGACUUUGGUGCUCGAGCACACGCAAGACCAAAGCGGGUGGAGUCGGGCCUGGGUGGGUUCAGAUGUGGCAUACGCACCGGGAAAUCUUGACAGAGAAUCCAUAGCUGGUGGUAGCAUCUGACUUCACGUCACGUUGGUUCGAAAAUUGCAAACACAAUCCUGAUGCUUCCGUGAAUAAUAGGGUUUUAUUUUGGAGGGGGCCUGAAUACAUCUUCAUUCGAUUUUAUUCCACCACAAUAAACCAAUGGUGGCUUCUGCCUUUUUUUUUUUUUAUGAAAAAGUCCAAGAUUAAUGAAUAACAUGUAGAUGGAAACUCCACCGUGAGAUGCAGUACCUCCAAAGAGCUGGCUAACAACUGUGACAAUUGUAGUCCCUGUGCUUAAAAGUGGCCCUUUA